CUAGGAAUGUCACUAUAAAGGUUGCUAGGGAUUGUUUUAGAACACGAGUGAGCCUUAUAUAUACUCUAGUCCAAACACGGCACGGGCGACCAGGCUCCGGUAAUUAAAGGCUAGCGGAUCAGUGCGGACUAGAUGUCGCUGCUGUGAUGUACUAACUCUGGUUCAUACGGUCCCUGCCGCUCCGUGUUUGCAAAAUCCUUUUUUGGACUUAGUCUUGAAGUGUAUCCUCACUACAACAUUGACGUUCGACAUAGUGUGGAGAAAGCAGAAUCGGAGCGUCCGAACAUUGCAAGAUCGGAGAUGGCAGGUCGCAAACAGAAGGUUGCAGACGCAUGCGCAACGUUCGAGAGGGAAGGUCGCGAGCCCGAUGUUACAGACACUAGGUCAAAGAUAUAAGGCUAGGAAGCAUAAGUAGGAGUGAAGCCCUCGUACAUUGACGGUCAUCAGAGCAGCCUCAUCUCGAACACGUUUAUCAUGCAGCUUCUCAAAUAUCUGCUUCCGCUCGCCAUGAGCGCAUCUAUCUCGGCGGCGCAACCACUCGAAGAAAGAGACAUAUCCUCGAGCUGGGCUGGAGUCAACUCCUACUUUCUUCAUGCCUAUCAAAAAUCCGAUCGCUUGGCUGUCCUUGACGCAGUCAAAGAUGCCAAGCUCAAGACGUUGCGUAUCUUCAUCUCUCACACACUUCAAAACAACAAAGAUACCGGCUCCGUCAACAUGCCCGACAUCGAGCCACAACAGGUCGGCACAUACGAUGACACCCAGCUACGUGCUAUUGAUCAGCUCAUGCUUGAAGCGCGUGAACGAGGCAUCAAACUAGUUAUCGCUAUGCAUGACCGCUACCAGUUGGGUUGUUGGGGAAAUGACACAUACGUUUCCAAAUACAAACUUCCUGCUAUCGACUGCGCGAAAACGCCUGCCGCUCAGAACGAUGUAACAUUCUUUUACCAGGAUGCAUCGCCAAUCUACGACUUUGACAACCGCCUUACAUACAUCCUCCAACACAAGAAUCAGUUGAUCUCGGGUUCACCGCAAUGGAAAGAUCUUUCGGAUUACAUCUUCGCGUUCAACAUACAGAACGAAGGGCAAGGACAUUUGCGCAACAACAUCGCACCUGCACCAAAAUGGUGGUGUGAUCGAAGCAAGAAGAUGCGAAGCAUCAUGGGAGAUAGCAAGAUUCUCAUCUCAACAGGCGGCGGAAAUGAAUUUCCCAACUCCGAUAUCCCCGAGAAUUGGAGCUGCGCAACACUUGAUCUCAUCGAUAUCCACUCCUACAGCGGCGUUUCCGAAUGGCGCAACAAAGCGCCCAUCGCGCUACAGCACGCUCAAGCCGCCAAGAAACUCGUGCUGUUCGAAGAAUUUGGCGCUACUGGUUCCGACAAGGCUAGUGUUGUAGGUCAGCAUAUCGACAUCUUCAAUGGGCUCAAGGUACCAUGGAUGGUUUGGCAGAUCAACAAGCCGGGCAAAGGUGCUGCAGACUAUGAAUUCUGGACCAACGAGGCUACGUUUGGGGUAGUGAAGCAGGGGGCAGCCAAGGCGUUGAGUAUCUCUGCGGCUCAAACAUUUCCUAAUCUUGUAUGA